AUGCCUGAGUACGCCAAGGACCAGCCCGCCGGCUUCAAGAAUGCCGUUGAGAGAGUUGCCAUUGUCGGUGCUGGAGGCACUGUUGGGUCUCACAUCGCCGCUGCUCUCCUUCAAACCGGAAAACACACAGUGACGGCCCUGUCCCGCAAAAAUAGCAGCAACAAACUUCCCGAGGGCAUCCUGGUCGCCUCAGUUGACUAUGACGACGAGGAAACUAUUGUCGCUGCCCUCAAGGGCCAACAGAUCUUGAUCAUCACAAUGGCCCCCACAGCGCCCCGCGACACCCACAGCAAGCUAGUCCAGGCGGCCGCCAAGGCUGGUGUUCCGUACAUCAUGCCUAACGGCUACGCUGGCGACAUUGAACAAGUCAAGCUCGGCGAGGAGAUUAUGCUGGGGCCCGUGGCCAAGGCCAACAGGGACGAAAUCGAGAGGCUCGGGAUGCAGUGGAUCACCGUGUGCUGUGGAUUUUGGUAUGAUUACAGCCUAGCGGGCGGUGAGGCGCGAUUCGGGUUCGACUUCGACAAACGGUCCCUAACGAUCUAUGACGAUGGCAACACGAAGAACUCGGUAUCGACCUUGUCGCAGGUUGGGCGCGCCGUGGCCAGAGUGCUGAGUCUCAAGGAGCUUCCUGACGACGAAAAUGACAAGAGUCUUACUGUCUCGGGGUGGCUUAACAAGGCGCUGUAUAUCAAGAGCUUUGUACUCAGCCAAAAUGAGAUGUUUGAGAGCGUUAAGCGCGUUACGGGUACCACCGACGCGGACUGGAUGAUUCACCACGAGCCGACUAAGAAGAGAUACGAAGAUGGCCUGGCACUGGUUAAGAGCGGUAAUAUGGCUGGCUUCAGUAAGCUGCUCUACGCAAGGGCGUUUUACUCGGAUGAUCCCAGUGAAUGCUCGGCCAAGGCACAGAAUGAGCUGCUUGGUCUGCCGGAGGAGAACCUGGAUGAGGCAACCCAAGUCGGAAUAGAUAUGGUCAAGGAACUGCAGCGUCGUGUGGAGCGUAUGGCAUCAUAG